AGCUUCCGGGCGGGCUCUGUUUAGUUGCGGACCUCUGAAGGAAGCGACAGAGAGAGCCGGGAUUCCUUUCUGUGGUUCCACCCCUCGGCUCCAUUCUUCCAGGAGCUAGGGGCUUACCCGAGCCUCGCCGGGCACCCCGGGAGCCCGGGGAUCGAUGGUACCGAUGGAGACGCAGCUGCAGAGCAUUUUCGAGGAGGUGGUGAAAACAGAAAUUAUAGAAGAAGCUUUCCCGGGCAUGUUUAUGGAUACCCCUGAGGAUGAAAAAACAAAACUAAUUAGUUGUUUGGCAGCCUUCCGACAGUUUUGGAAUGGGCUUUCUCAGGAUUCUCAUGAACAGUGCAUCCAGUGGAUUGUUAAGUUUAUUCAUGGCCAGCACAGCCCCAAAAGAAUCUCUUUCCUCUAUGACUGCUUAGCAAUGGCAGUUGAGACCGGUCUCCUUCCACCCAGGAUGGUUUGUGAAUCUUUGAUAAACUCUGACACUCUUGAAUGGGAAAGAACACAGCUCUGGGCCUUAACGUUUAAGCUGGUUCGGAAAAUUAUUGGAGGAGUGGAUUACAAGGGUGUUCGAGAUCUCCUGAAAGUGAUCUUGGAGAAAAUCUUGACAAUUCCAAAUACAGUAAGCUCUGCUGUUGUCCAGCAGCUUCUGGCAGCACGAGAGGUUAUAGCUUAUAUCUUGGAACGAAAUGCCUGCCUGUUGCCAGCCUAUUUUGCAGUCACAGAGAUCAGGAAAUUGUAUCCUGAGGGAAAACUUCCACAUUGGUUACUAGGAAACUUGGUAUCAGACUUUGUGGACACCUUCAGGCCUACAGCAAGGAUAAACUCCAUUUGUGGCCGUUGUAGUCUUCUGCCAGUUGUGAACAACUCGGGAGCCAUCUGUAAUUCUUGGAAACUGGACCCCGCAACUCUUCGCUUUCCUCUAAAAGGCCUUUUGCCAUAUGAUAAGGAUCUGUUUGAACCACAGACUGCUUUGUUGAGAUAUGUAUUGGAGCAGCCCUAUUCCAGGGAUAUGGUCUGCAAUAUGCUAGGUUUAAAUAAGCAGACCUUGAACAUUGCUCAGCACAAGCAGCGCUGCCCUGUGCUGGAGGACCAGUUGGUGGACCUGGUGGUGUAUGCCAUGGAGAGGUCUGAGACCGAGGAGAAGUUUGACGAUGGGGGAACAAGCCAGCUCCUGUGGCAGCAUCUCUCCAGUCAGCUCAUUUUCUUUGUGCUUUUCCAGUUUGCCAGCUUUCCACAUAUGGUCCUUUCUCUCCAUCAGAAGUUAGCAGGGCGAGGACUGAUUAAAGGCAGAGAUCAUCUGAUGUGGGUUCUGCUCCAGUUCAUUUCUGGAAGUAUUCAGAAAAAUGCACUUGCUGAUUUUCUUCCUGUCAUGAAGCUCUUUGAUCUGCUGUAUCCAGAAAAGGAAUGUAUUCCAGUUCCUGAUAUUAACAAGCCCCAGUCAACGCAUGCCUUUGCAAUGACGUGUAUUUGGAUUCAUCUUAAUAGAAAAGCUCAAAAUGACGAUUCCAAUCUUCAGAUCCCAAUACCACAUUCCCUAAAGCUUCACCAUGAGUUCCUUCAACAGAGUCUGAGAAAUAAAAGUUUACAGAUGAAUGACUAUAAGAUUGCCCUGUUGUGUAAUGCGUACUCCACAAAUUCAGAGUGCUUUACACUACCUAUGGGAGCACUAGUAGAAACUAUCUAUGGAAAUGGAAUUAUGAGAGUACCUCUCCCUGGGACGAGCUGCUUGGCUUCAGCAUCUAUAACCCCCCUACCAAUGAAUCUCCUGGACUCUCUGACAGUUCAUGCCAAGAUGAGCCUUAUACACAGCAUUGCAACUAGAGUGAUAAAACUUGCUCAUGCAAAAUCCAGUGUCGCGUUAGCUCCAGCUCUGGUGGAGACUUACAGUCGUUUACUGGUCUACAUGGAAAUAGAGUCAUUGGGCAUCAAAGGAUUUAUCAGUCAACUCUUACCUACUGUCUUCAAGUCCAACGCCUGGGGCAUUCUGCACACGCUUCUGGAGAUGUUCAGCUAUCGCAUGCACCACAUCCAGCCACAUUACAGAGUUCAGCUCCUGAGCCAUCUUCACACGCUGGCUGCAGUUGCCCAGACCAACCAGAACCAGCUCCAUCUGUGUGUGGAGAGCACAGCGCUGAGGCUCAUCACGGCGCUAGGAAGCUCAGAGGUCCAGCCGCAGUUCACGCGUUUCCUCAGUGAUCCCAAAACGGUGCUGUCGGCAGAAUCUGAAGAACUGAACCGAGCCCUAAUCCUGACCUUAGCCAGAGCAACCCACGUCACAGAUUUUUUUACAGGAUCGGAUUCAAUCCAGGGAACUUGGUGUAAAGAUAUUCUUCAGACCAUCAUGAAUUUUACUCCUCAUAAUUGGGCUUCACACACUCUUAGCUGUUUCCCAGCCCCUCUGCAGGCAUUCUUCAAGCAAAAUAAUGUACCCCAGGAAAGUCGUUUUAACCUGAAAAAAAAUGUGGAAGAAGAAUAUAGAAAGUGGAAGUCAAUGACUGAUGAAAAUGAAAUUAUUACCCAGUUCUCUGUGCAAGGCUUUCCUCCUCUGUUCCUCUGCCUGCUCUGGAAGAUGCUGCUGGAAACAGAUCACAUAAGCCAGAUUGGCUAUAGAGUAUUAGAGAGAAUUGGGGCCAGGGCCCUGGUAGCCCAUGUGAGAACAUUUGCAGAUUUCUUGGUGUAUGAGUUCUCUACAUCAGCAGGAGGUCAGCAGCUCAAUAAGUGCAUUGAAAUUCUUAAUGACAUGGUGUGGAAGUAUAACAUUGUUACAUUGGACAGAUUAAUUCUCUGCCUGGCCAUGCGUAGUCAUGAAGGAAAUGAAGCCCAGGUCUGUUAUUUCAUAAUUCAGCUGCUGCUGCUCAAACCAAAUGACUUCCGAAACCGAGUGAGUGAUUUUGUGAAGGAAAACUCCCCCGAGCACUGGCUGCAGAAUGACUGGCACACCAAGCACAUGAACUACCACAAGAAAUACCCAGAGAAACUGUAUUUCGAAGGCCUGGCAGAGCAGGUUGACCCUCCUGUACCAAUCCAGUCCGCCUAUCUGCCUAUCUACUUUGGAAAUGUGUGCCUCCGGUUCCUUCCGGUAUUUGAUAUAGUAAUCCACAGAUUUUUAGAAUUGCUUCCAGUGUCCAAAUCACUGGAGACCCUCCUGGAUCACCUAGGGGGCUUAUAUAAGUUCCAUGACCGACCAGUGACUUAUCUGUAUAAUACUUUGCACUAUUAUGAAAUGUGCCUGAGAAACCGUGACCAUCUCAAGCGAAAACUUGUCCAUGCAAUCAUUGGCUCCCUCAAAGAUAACCGGCCACAGGGCUGGUGUCUCAGUGAUACUUACCUGAAGCAUGCUAUGAAUGCACGGGAGGACAAUCCUUGGGUUCCAGAGGACUCCUACUAUUGCAAGCUGAUUGGCCGACUGGUAGACACCAUGGCUGGCAAGUCUCCUGGACCCUUCCCCAACUGUGACUGGAGAUUCAAUGAGUUCCCCAAUCCUGCUGCCCAUGCUCUGCAUGUCACUUGUGUGGAACUCAUGGCCUUGGCAGUUCCAGGCAAAGAUGUUGGGAAUGCCCUUCUCAAUGUCGUCCUGAAAAGCCAGCCCUUGGUGCCAAGAGAGAGCAUCACAGCUUGGAUGAAUGCAAUUGGUUUGAUCAUCACUGCCCUCCCAGAGCCGUACUGGAUUGUCCUUCAUGACCGAAUUGUGAGCGUCAUCAGCAGCCCUAGCCUGACGUCAGAGACAGAGUGGGUUGGCUAUCCGUUCCGCCUCUUCGACUUCACCGCUUGCCAUCAGUCCUACUCCGAGAUGAGCUGCAGCUACACCUUAGCGCUCGCACACGCUGUGUGGCACCAUUCCAGCAUUGGGCAGCUCUCACUCAUCCCAAAGUUUCUCACUGAGGUGCUUCUUCCUGUAGUGAAGACUGAAUUCCAGUUGCUGUAUGUGUAUCAUCUUGUAGGGCCAUUUUUACAAAGAUUCCAACAGGAGAGAACCCGGUGCAUGAUCGAGAUUGGUGUGGCGUUUUAUGAUAUGCUGCUGAAUGUAGACCAGUGCAGCACACACUUAAAUUACAUGGACCCCAUCUGUGACUUCCUCUAUCAUAUGAAGUAUAUGUUUACUGGUGACAGUGUAAAAGAGCAAGUAGAGAAGAUUAUCUGUAAUUUAAAGCCAGCUUUAAAACUUCGUCUUCGAUUCAUCACACACAUUAGCAAGAUGGAGCCAGCAGUGCCUCCCCAAGCCCUGAAUAGCGGGUCUCCAGCCCCUCAGCCUAGUCAGGUGCCAGCACCUCUCCCAGUAACUCAGUGAAGCCAGAGACGCCGCGGUGCAGAAGAGCACAUCUGCCUGCGACAGUGACUCACGCCUCCUAAAUCUGAACACAGUGCCCUGUGCUGGUGGGACAGAAGCAGCCACCAUGUUCAGAUUGGUUUAUUCUGAUUCAAAUACUGGAUCUCUUGACACCUAUAAUUUCCUUCUCCCUGUCUAUAUUUUUGUCUCUAAGAGAUUAAGUAAGCUACAUGUUCAUAUUCAUAACAAUUUGAGUCCCUAGGAACAUGGGACUUUUCAUAAUUAAGUGGCUUUUACCAGGCACUCGGAUUUCUUGUUUCAGCCAUUUUUUUAAGUUAUUAUAACAUCUUCACAUUUCAUAUACAUUAUCUUAAAGAUACAACACAUGUAAAAUGGACAUUGCAAACCCUUUUAUAUGUAAAUGUCUUUUGGUCUGUCUUUACAAUAGAGUUUUUUAUUAACGAAAAAGGCCUUGUUUACAGGAACAAAUGGGGUUUCAUAUUCUUUUUUAACUGGCUGUAAAAUUUUAUUGUAAAUUUAAAAUUUGCAAAUAUUUCCAAAUAAAUGAUGUAAAGUUUCUACCAAAGUAGAUGAGGAAGGUUUUGCAUUCGCUCUGAACUUUCUGUAUAAAAUGAGUCAGGAACCAUGUAAGAAAUAACAUCUGAGAUGGACAAAUUUCAAUAAAGCCGUGCUCAAGUGUUUGAUUUCCUAAUCCGUUUUUGAAAUACAUUAGCUGCGUUUCCAGAUUCAUACUCACCUAGCAGAUAAGAUUCUUCAAAUUCUCUGAAAUUUUAUAACUUCCCAAGUUUAAAUGUAGAACACAUUUUCGUUCUGUAAGGUUUGUUUGGUUUUUGAGGUGCUAAUUUAAAGGGAGAUGGCAUUUUGAAGCCCUCGAGUGCCUGUAAAGUUUCUUUAAUGACCUAAUGUGAGCACCUGCUGCUUGGAGAGCUAGGCUGCCCCUCUGUCUGCACUGCAGAUGUUAACACCUGGGAAUCUCGAGAUA